AACGUAGAGGGGCAAAAGAUGCUUUCAGUGAUCCCUGAGAACUGGAACAUUUUCUUAGGCUUUUGAGGGCGCUAAUUUAAGUGCUCUUCGUUAGGAAAUUUCUUAAUCUUGUAGCCGGAGCGGAAAAUAAAAAGCGCAUCCAGCCCAACUUCCGGAGGACUAAAAUAGUGACGAACAACCAGGAAGCGGCCGGGCUAGGAGCUGUCCCCGGUUCUCCGCUCCUCUCUGAAGUGGACCCUUCCUGUGUUCCCUGGACUCUGUUUUUCUGCCCCCUGUGGCCCCAGCCCCGACCUAGGCUCCGGCCCAGGCGGGCCACUCCAGAGCCGUCAUGUCGUCUGACUUCGAAGGCUACGAGCAGGACUUCGCGGUACUCACUGCAGAGAUCACCAACAAGAUUGCAAGGGUGCCCCGACUCCCGCCUGAUGAGAAGAAGCAGAUGGUUGCGAAUGUGGAGAAACAGCUUGAAGAAGCAAAAGAACUGUUGGAACAGAUGGACCUGGAAGUCCGAGAGAUUCCACCCCAAAGUCGAGGAAUGUACAGCAACAGAAUGAGAAGCUACAAGCAAGAAAUGGGAAAACUUGAGACAGAUUUUAAAAGGUCACGGAUCGCCUACAGUGACGAAGUACGGAAUGAGCUCCUAGGGGAUGAUGGGAAUUCCUCAGAGAACCAGUUGAUAAAAUUACGUGAAGAGAGGGCACAUCUGCUCGAUAACACAGAGAGGCUGGAAAGGUCAUCUCGGAGACUAGAGGCUGGAUACCAAAUAGCAGUGGAAACCGAGCAAAUUGGCCAGGAGAUGUUGGAAAACCUCAGUCAUGACAGAGAAAAGAUACAGAGAGCACGCGAAAGGCUUCGGGAAACAGAUGCUAACUUGGGGAAAAGCUCCAGGGUUCUGACAGGGAUGUUGCGAAGAAUCAUCCAGAACCGCAUCCUGGUCGUCAUCCUUGCCAUCAUCCUGGUCAUCACCAUCCUGACGGCCAUCACUUUUUCUGUCAGAAGACACUGAUGUAUCUGCUCUUCCCUGAUCAACAGCAGCAACUGCCCGUUCUGAGUAAUUAAGACAAAAUGGUCACAUGAAUCAUUCUGUGGCGCUGACAGGCCCCAGGUCACCCUCCCCCCUCUCACUCACCACUGUUCAGCCAAAGCGCAAAGAGUGUAAAAAUAUUUUCUAUUCCUGUUUGCAUGUGGGUUGGUUUCCUUUUCUAGGUUGGUCUUCACCCAGAUUUGUUUUUUUAUAGGGGAAGGUGAAUGUUUAUUUGCCUUUUUGGUAAUUUCGUCUUCGGACCAGAAUAGCCUUGGUGACAUUCUUGCUUGCCCUGUGGACACGUCAGGGGUCAUGGUUUGGGAGAUGAGCCAGUCACGGGGGCUUCUGAUGGGCUCUGCUGUUUGUCACACACCUCUUGUCACCGAACAGCCCUUCUCUGAUGUCUGAGGAUUAAAAAAAAAAAAAAUGCAGAGACAAGCAGGGGCCAGAGCCAGUGACCGGCUCAGCAAACCUGCCCUGUUCCUCCCCAGGCAGAAUGAGUUUAGUCAACCUGCCAGAGUGCGUUCCUUGUAAAGGUGGGUAUUUAAUAGCAGUUGUGCAGGAAAUUGACUUCGCACUUUCCCUGUUUUUCUAAGCAUUCUUUUUCUACCCAAGAAUAUCUCUUGCUGAGCCUGCUCAGUAUCCACUUUUCACAACUUUGAUUACUGACUACGAGAAAGAUUUCCUUGCCUUCCAAAAAUCUCAUCCUCCCCAGAAUGUGCUGGCAGAGGGAAGCUCUGCACCAUAUUUAAUGAUGACCCCGUCUCCCCUGACCUGUGUAAGCAUCUCUGUAUCCUUUCGGUCUUAGUAUUUGCACUGCCGAAAGCAGCCCUCAUACAUGCAAAAGGUCUGACAGGGUUCUCUCCACAUCCAUUCCAAUAUGUAAAGAGAACAUGAAUAUUUCAGGAAGAGCAAGAACAUGACUCCGUCGGUGAGAAAUUCCAAAUGUGAUUAUCAAUAUGAUGGAGUCCCGGAGGCUGAUCCACUAGAAAUAAGCUUAAUGGAAAAUGUUCACUAACCUCCUUUAAAAGAAUAAGGGAUUGCAGCGCAUCACAAAAGGACGGCUUGGGUUUUUCCCUGACAAAUGUGAGCACAGCCUUCCUGAAUUCCCAGUGUAUUCAAACCUCUAACACGCGUUGUGAUUUUCUUGGGUUUCCUUCUGUCCGAGGUCACCGGGAAUUGCGUUCAAGUUGAGUUCAUUUAUGGUCAGCCUUCAAGUCGCCCAAGCUGAGGUCAUUCUCCCCCUAGUCAUAAAGGGAAAUGUGUUUUUCUUUAAGGCGUCAUGAGCACUUACAGGACCCUAUCUGUCUUUUGAAUAUAAUUGGAAGCUUUGAAUCCUUGAAAAGCGAACAUGUUCCCUUCAGAAAAAAUGCUAACCACCUGUGUCCAUGGACGGAAAUCACCUGGAUGCAGCGGGUCCCCCCCGCCCCCCAGCCAGCUCAGAAGAGAACCAUUAUGGGUUAGGGAGGAAAUGCAGAAUGGCAAAAUCCACCCGAGAAAUUGUACUUAUCGAAACAGGCUAGGGCCUGCAUGUGCUCAGAUAAAUCAUUUAGUAUCGUGUAAAUAAAGCUGCAGCCUUUACCUCGCAGGGAUGGUGUGGGAUUUUGGCAGAGCGAAGGAGACCAGCAAAGGAGCAGGAAGGUGGUACUAAUUGUCCUAUCAGCUUCCGGGAUCUAUCUCAGCAAGCAUCUUUUAUUCCGAUAACGCGAUGCCGUUUGUACUGAACACAUCAAAGACAUGAUUAAAAAGCAAGGAAACAAGUAA